AUGCCUCGCGCCACCUCCGAACGCUUCUCUAGAGCGCACCAACCACCCGUCAAGUCGAAAUCAAAAUCUGGGAGCAGUGGUGACGCUGGCGGCGCUGCACACAACCCAAUUUUCAAUACCGAGCGGUUCGGGCAGCAUAUCCUCAAAAAUCCUUUAGUUGCGCAAGGUAUAGUUGACAAAGCCAACUUGCGACCGACGGACAAAGUGCUCGAGGUUGGUCCUGGGACAGGGAACCUGACCGUGCGGAUAUUGGAGAAGGCGAAACAUGUGACGGCCGUGGAAGCGGACCCUCGGAUGGCUGCAGAGUUGACGAAGCGUGUGCAGGGAAAACCAGAACAGCGAAAGCUAGAAAUCAUGAUUGGCGACUUCGUCAAAGCCGACCUACCCUACUUCGACGUCUGCAUCUCCAACACGCCCUACCAAAUCUCCUCGCCGCUCGUCUUCCGCCUCCUCUCGCACCGCCCCCUCUUCCGCGUCGCGAUCCUCAUGUUCCAGCGCGAGUUCGCCAUGCGCCUCGUCGCGCAGCCCGGCUCGAACCUCUGGUCGCGAUUGUCCGCGAACGUCCAACUCUACGCGAAGGUCGACCACAUCAUGAAAGUCGGCAAGAACAACUUUCGUCCACCGCCGCAGGUCGAGAGCUCAGUGGUUAGGAUUGUGCCCGCGGACCCGCCCCCGCCGGUGAGGUUCGAGGAGUUUGAUGGGAUGAAUAGGAUCGUGUUUAGUAGGAGGAAUAAGACGGUGCAUGCGAAUUUUUUGGCGAAGGGCGUCAUCGAGAUGCUGGAGCAGAAUUAUCGGACGUGGUGUGCUGAGAAGGAUAAGAUUGUGGAAGAUGAUCUUGAUAUGAAGGCGAAGGUAGAGCAGAUUCUGCUCGACACCGGCUAUUCAGAAGAACGUGCGGCGAAGAUGGGUAUAGACGAACUACUGAAAUUGUUAUCAGCGUUCCAUGAUGCUGGCGUUCAUUUCGCAUAGGGCUUCGGGUUGUCAGUCUCUUCUAUAAUCAGGUAAUGGAGCAUACAGGUCGGCUACUCGCACUACUUUAUCGAUGGAAUCGGCAUCCGAACUUCCCCCCCCCCC